UGCGCUUCUUCUCCCUCCUCUUCUCUCCGCUCCGCUUCUCUCUGCUCUCAUAGCACGGACUGAAGAUGAACUGUGGCAUCUGUGUGUGUGUGCUGCUGGCUGCUCUCUCCAGCAGCGGCUGCCUGGGGCUCCCAGCCCACCCCCCGCAGGACGAAGGCCACGCCCGCACAGGGGCUGUCUCCCGGGCAGCGGCGGCAGUACACAGGCGUCACACCCGGUCGGUGGCAGCCCCCAGCGGAGCCCUCCUCCCGUUCACCAAAGCAGCCGUGGAGGACGAGGAGGAGCAAGACCCCCGCACCAGCCUUACCCAGCUCAUCGCCACACUCAUCGCAAGGAAAGGUGCGUCCCGCAGGAACUCCGUGCUGACCAGCAGAGCCAGUGGGCCGGCCGCCAGCCACAGAAUAAAGGACCGGGACUACAUGGGCUGGAUGGACUUUGGCCGACGGAGUGCGGAGGAGUACGAGUACUCCUCAUAAGACCCACAGGCCUGCAGCCUCCCCCAUCAUCCAGCACCACCUGUACAGGAGCAGAGAUUCCUCAUAUUUACUGUUUGGAAAUCAUUGUCUGAAAACUAUAUUUACGAUACAUUCGAUGUCAAUUUG